CAACCGCGCCGAGAAGAGAGGAGACCGACGAACGAGAGCGAGCUUGGCCGCCCGCGCACACAACCGCGACGUUUCCCGACCCCUCACUCCACCACCUACUCGGCCGGCGCCGCUGCAGUGCAGAGUCGCGCGCCUCCUUUUUCUUCUUCGUCCCCUACCCGUCACACCCACUCGUAUAAACGACUCCCUACGGUCCAGGAAGCCAGCCACUCGCGAGCUACACAACCAGGAGCCGGCCGGAGACAGACGCCACGCCAGUCGCGUACCAGGCCUCCAAAUCUGGUCAUCCACCGGGACCCGGCAGAGAGGCGUGCAAGAUUCCUUCCUCGCCGGGGAUCGAUUAAAUCUGCCGCCGGCGGAGCUCGAUCGAUCCAGCUUCCGCGGAGAGUCGCGGCGCUUCUUCUUGGUCCCGAUUCGCUUGCGGAAGCUUUUCUGGGAGCUUCUGGUGCGCCGGUGAGGAGAGCGAGAGCGAUCGAGCAAACAUGGCGGCGGCCACUUCCGCUUCUACCAUGUCCCUGCUCCCGAUCUCCCAGCUGAAGCAGCAGCAGCAGCACGGCGCCGGCGCCGUGGUCGUGUUCCGGCGGCGGCCCCGGGACGCGCGGCGGAGGCGAUACGUCGUGCCGACGGCGAGGCUGUUCGGGCCGGCGAUCUUCGAGGCGUCAAAGCUGAAGGUGCUGUUCCUGGGCGUGGACGAGGAGAGCGGGAGGCAGCAGCAGGGCCAGCCUGGGCAGGGGAAGCCGCCGGUGCUGCCGCGGACGUACACGCUGACGCACAGCGACGUGACGGCGAGCCUGACGCUGGCCGUGUCCCACACCAUCAACGGCGCGCAGCUGCAGGGGUGGUACAACCGGCUGCAGCGCGACGAGGUGGUGGCCGAGUGGAACAAGGUGCGCGGCCGGAUGUCGCUGCACGUCCACUGCCACAUCUCCGGCGGCCACUUCCUGCUCGACCUCAUCGCCGGCCUCCGCUACUACAUCUUCCGCAAGGAGCUCCCCGUGGUUUUGAAGGCGUUCGUGCACGGCGACGGCGACCUGUUCAGCCGGCACCCGGAGCUGGAGGAGGCCACGGUGUGGGUCUACUUCCACUCCAACCUGCCGCGCUUCAACCGCGUCGAGUGCUGGGGCCCGCUCCGCGACGCCGCCGCGCCCGCCGCCGGGGACGACGGCUCCCCGGCCGCCGAGGCGACGGCGGCGAUGCCCGUGGGCGAGUGGCCGCGCCGGUGCCCCCAGCAGUGCGACUGCUGCUUCCCGCCGCACAGCCUCAUCCCCUGGCCGAACGAGCACGACAUGGCCGCCGACGCCCCCGCCGCCGGCCAGGCCCAGCAGCAGUAGUGAGGCUGGCCGCCAAUGUAAGCCGUAGCUAGACACUAGCGCCUAUUCUUUAAUUGGUAGCUUUAGCUCAGCUCUACUCCUGCAAAGCUCGUUGUCUCUAGGCUUAGCUUGGUUGAGGUCAGGGGAUGAACUCAUGAACAUGGUGGCGCCUUGUACAUAGCUAGUAGUGUGUAGAACGCCUGGUCUGGAUGGCAAAACUUGCUAAAGGAUGUGCACGUUACUGCAGCUGCAAAAAUGGCAGGUUCAAGGGCCGGCAGGCAAGUUUCAUCUGUACAAGUACAAUGGAUCAGCUCUUGGACUGGAACUCCACUAGAUUUGUGUAGUGAAAUAAAAAAACAUGUAAAUGGGAAUGAUUAAAUGAUUUUUAGUCGACAGUCA